GCAGAAAGUUUAUCUGCCAAGUCCUAAGUUUUUCUUUCUUAGAGUUCAGAACACCACACGAGCAGUGCUGGAAGACUUAGAGAAGAAAGACAAAAGCUUCUAGAGCCUGGGACUAACCACUGCCUCCGUUCUCAGCAGGAGCUUCAACACUGAGACCAGAAAAGAUGAUGCUAUGCUUUAAUCUUCUAUUGCUGCUGGGACUAUGGGAACAAGUGUGUCCACUUUUGACUUUGCCUAAGCAUCUCACCAAAGCACAUUGGUUUGAAAUUCAGCAUAUACAGUCAAGUCCUCUCCGAUGCAACAAGGCAAUGAAUGGCAUCAACAACUAUACCCACCACUGUAAACCUCAAAACACCUUUCUGCAUGAUUCUUUCCAGAACGUAGCUGCUGUCUGUAAUUUAGUCACCAUUAUUUGCAAAAAUGGUUGGAAAAACUGCCACCAGAGCUCAAAGCCUGUCAACAUGACUGACUGUAGACUAACUUCAGGAAAGUAUCCUAAGUGCCGCUACAGUGCCACUGCCCAAUACAAAUUAUUCACUAUCGCCUGUAACCCCCCUCAGAAGAGCGACCCCCCCUAUCCUUUGGUUCCUGUACACUUAGAUAAUAUUGUCUAAGGUGUCCAUCACUUUUCCACUCA